AUGAACGGUGAUCCAGAACAACAACCAUUACAAAAUGCCAGAAAUGGUAAUCCAAGAUCUCAAGUUCAUUAUAUCUCAAUUCCUAUAGAUAGAAAUGCAGAUUUUCAAGUAGACACUCAGAAUGGUAACACACCUGUUGAAGCAUCCUUCAAUACUAGAAGACAAUCUAUUCUUGACCAACCAAUAGGUUCCUUCAGAGGUGUCAAUUCUUUAGGACGAUUUGCUACAUCUUUAAGAAGAGCUAAUUCGUUUAGGCAUAUUGAUGUCAAUUCAAGUGUCGAACGUUCUUUCUUUAAAGAUAAUCAUGAUGAAAUUUUUGAUCCUGACACUUUGGCACCUGCAGUAAAUGGUAGAAGAUUAUCGACAGCAUUACGUCCGUCUCAAAAUAUUUCAAUGAGACCUUCCAUAACAAAUUUAGAUAGCAGUAGAAUUACAGGUGAUAAUCCUUUCUUUGAUGAUAGUUCAGUAGAUUAUGGCUCUACAUAUUCAGGCCAUACUGGAAUUGGUGCUGGUGAUCAAAGUUCUCUUCUAAGAGGUUCCAUCUCUAUGGCUGAAUUAGCUGACAAUUUAAGUAGAGAUGGUUAUAAAGGUGUCAUUGCAGGUGAUGUAGAUUCAUUGGUAUUGAAACAAGUUGAAGAUAAAGAUGGGAAAGUUGUCACUGUCCUGGCAGGUCAAUCGACAGCCCCUCAGACUAUUUUUAAUUCAAUUAAUGUAUUGAUAGGUAUUGGGCUAUUAGCAUUACCACUAGGUUUAAAACAUGCAGGUUGGGUCAUUGGUUUAUCACUAUUGACUCUUUUCGCUGGUGCCACUUUUUGUACUGCAGAACUUCUCUCUAGAUGUUUGGAUACAGAUUUAACAUUAAUGUCAUAUGCAGAUUUAGGGUUUGCAGCUUUUGGUACCAAUGGACGUGCUUUAAUUUCUGCAUUAUUUACAUUAGAUUUACUUGGUUGUGGUGUAUCUUUAGUCAUUUUAUUUGCAGAUUCAUUAAAUGCAUUAUUUCCAAAUAUUUCUGUAACUACAUUUAAAAUUUUAGCAUUCUUUGUGAUAACCCCACCAGUUUUCUUACCAUUAAGCAUUUUAUCUAAUAUAUCAUUAUUAGGUAUUCUUUCAACUAUUGGUACUGUUGCAGUAAUUACCGCAUGUGGUAUAUUUAAUAACACAGCUCCAGGUUCUUUAUUUCAUCCAAUGGAAACACAAUUAUGGCCAAAAGAUUUUAAAAGUUUCUGUCUUUCAAUUGGUCUUUUAAGUGCUUCUUGGGGUGGACAUGCAGUUUUCCCAAAUUUGAAAUCAGAUAUGAGACAUCCUACUAAAUUUAAAGAUUGUUUAAAGACAACAUAUGAAAUUACGGCAGUUACUGAUAUUGGUAUUGCAGUAGUUGGAUAUUUAAUGUUUGGUGAAACUGUGAAGGAUGAAAUUACUAAGAAUGUUCUUCUGUUAGAUAAAUUUCCAAGUUAUUUACAUGGUUUAAUUUCUGGUUUAAUGACCUUGAUACCAAUUGCGAAGACUCCAUUAAAUGCAAGACCAAUUAUUUCGGUCUUAGAUACAUUACUAAAUGUUAGAGAUGCUGAAGAGAAAUAUGAAGGUAAUCGUUUGAAGAUUGCCAAGAUUAUCCAAUCUACUAAUGCCGUUUUUGUCAAUAUUUUAUUUGUUAUUAUUGCAAUCAUAUUCCCUCAAUUUGAUAAAAUUAUCGCAUUUUUAGGUGCAGGUUUAUGUUUCAUGAUAUGUCUUAUUUUGCCAUGUUGCUUCUAUAUCAGAAUUUGCAAAGAUACAAUCACACCUGCAGAAAGAAUCGCUUGUUAUGCUACCAUAUUCAUGAGUAUUAUUUUCUCAACUUUGGGUAUCGGUGCAGCUAUCAUCGCAUAA